GCGACUUCCAGGUUCCGACGUCAUUCUUUCACUCUUUAUACACUGUCAAUCUUUGACACCACGCUCUCUACCGCCCUUCGGCAUCAAAUCGCUUUCUCAGCAAACUUGAAAUCAAUAAAAACUCGAUCGUCGAACCUUCCCGUCCAGUUCAAUUUCACCGAAUAUCAAACAAGAAAAAUCCAACAAGAUGCGCUCCGCCCUCGCCUUCACCAUUGCCGCCCUUGCUGGCUCGGCGCUCGCCGCCCCUGCGUACGGUGGCUACCCUGCCGGCGGCGACAACGUUCAACUUGACGUUGUUGUUGAGACUGUUAUGCACACCGUCUACGUUGUCGAAGGCCAGCCCAAGCCCACAACCACCAGCUGCAGCGAAUCUACUCCCACCCCCAGCCCUUCGGCUCCUCCCGCCAACCCUCCUGCCGCCUAUGAGGCAGUCAAGCCCUCUCCCAGCCCGGUCUACCAGGCUCCUCCUCCUCCUCCCCCAGUCCAGCCUUCGUCGAGCCCGAGCCCGACGCCUACUCCUGCUCCCGCCCCAUCUCCCAGCCCAUCGCCAGUUCCUCAGGCUCCCAGCGCAGACAGCUACAUGGGCAUUGUCGCUGAGUGGCGCCAAAAGCUCGGCCUCAAGGCCCUUGAACAGUCUGACCUGCUCGAGUCUAACGCCCACAAGGUCGUUGUUGACGGCAACGGUGUUAUGAGGCACGAGCUUAACCCUGGCACCUACGGCCAGGUCCUUGCCCCCGGUGAGGACACUCUCGAGGGCUUCAAGAAGGUCUUCGUUGGUGGCUGGCUCUGCGAAAUCCCCACCCUCCCCGGUCUCAACGGUGUCUGCGAGGCCAUGUCGGAAGGCUGGGCGUACGAGGGCCAGACUGGCCACGCCGAGAUCCUCACCAACCCCACCUACAGCAAGAUUGGUUGCAACAACCUCAAGGGCAUCUGGUGCUGCGAUCUCGCCUAAGCAGCAUGAUGAUGAGCAUCAUGAGGGAACCAAAAGGGGAUGUGCAUUUUCGCUUGGGUGGCUUUCGAUUCUCUUUUCUUAUGUGGCAGGGCGGCUUGGAGACCAACAUCAGUACGUGAUGCGUAUACACUACAAUGCGCUGGUUCGAACUAUAUUUCGCUUCUCCUUUGUAUCUCUACAUGGUACUAGAAAUCCCUUUACAUUCCCUGUUCACUUUUCAGGUGCCGUAGCGUUGUUUUCUCUGUCUAUCUAUCUACCGCGAAUCACAGAUCUACGAAUUCACGAGCCAACUCCC